AUGACUGGUGCGGUCAGCGAGAGGACUCGGGUGAAUGGACAUUCGGUUUCUUGCAGCAAGGAUGCCUGCCAAUACUCCAUCUCCGCUGGCUCCCAUGGCCAGAAGGACAUACAGAUCUCUACGCCGACAAAAGGUGGUCUUCAAAACUCGACCAUCUUCCUCAACACAGUACCGGACCUAGACGACCUGGUGACUUCAAGGGUCGAAUUUAUCAUCAAAAACCAGCAGGUCAGUGGAGACCGAGAGAACCCCAACUUUGGUGGCUAUGCUGUAUACGACACGCAGGCAGAGUCAAUUGCCUUUUGGGAUAAAUCGUCAGAUCGCACGACAGGGAGGGAACGCGUUGGGAUGGGCAUAUUCAUCAGUCGCUAUCUGGCCUCCCAUCCCAACGCUACCGCCGUGCGAUCAUCUCUCCAGACAUAUUACGAAUUCGUGAGCCUGAAGCUGCAAGGGGAGAAUGGCGAGGUUUACGACCGACCAAAAGGUGCAGGCACCAGUGUUGAGCGCCUGUACAACUGGCCAUGGGUCAUCCAAUUCCAUCUCGCGGUCUCCAAGUUGGACCUCGACCUUUCGGGCCCCGUAGCGGUCAAGUCACCGCUGGAACGAUUCAUGAUGACACUCGAAAACUUUUACGAAAUGGGUGGAAAGGAGCUAUACGCCAUUGGCUUACCCGUCUUCGAGUCCCUCCAAUUCCUCAGGGAGUCGGGUCAUGAUAGGUACUACAAGAGAGCCUUAGAGCUCUUCCUCAGUCACGGCGAGGUUAUCUUAGGAAGAGGUCUCGACUAUCCGCCAUUCGAGGUUAAUUUCGAGCAGUCCAUUGUCGCGCCUGCUGCCGCCAUGAUGUUAGAGCUGUAUCGUGCUACAGGUAAUCAGACCUGGCUUGCGGCCGGGAAGAUACAGCUCGACACCCUGCUGCGCUUCCAAGGCAAACAACCUGACUACCGCAUGAACAGCAUUGCAAUCAGACAUUGGGACGGGUACUGGUUCGGCAAAGACCGUCACUGGGGCGACACGUUCCCGCAUCACUGGAGUACCAUUGACGCAAUCGCCCUGUACCACUACGCAAAGGCCACCGGGGAUGAAGCGUAUCAGAAGCAUGCGGACGAGAUUGUUCGGAACAACUUGGCCUUGUUCUCACCGGAUGGAACUGCUGGAUGCGCUUGGAUUUAUCCACUCACGGUGAAUGGCCGGGAGACGCACUACAGGGACCCGUAUGCCAAUGAUCAGGACUGGGCUCUCAAUCACCUCCUGUACAUACGGACGAUGGAGUUGGAAGCACAAAAAUAA